GUCGACCGUUCAGAUAGUCACAGUUCAGACAGCCAAAACCAAGCUGCUUCGAUAAACCCGGUUCCGAACAGUGAACUCGAGCGUGUAAACGAGUGUGUAUAGUGCUGCGAAAAAGGAAGUUUUUUUGUUGUUGCAGUUCACUAGACUGUGUACAUCAUCAAGGACACGAUGAAGUUGUUUGUGCUUUUGGGCGCACUGUGCGUGUGCGGUACGAUGGCGGCCCCAGCGUCGGACGUUGAAUUGCGUAAGUUUGCUCCCACCUACAUGGAGAUCUGCUAUCGUGACAGUCCCGAUCUUAGCAACUGUAUCAAAAACAGCAUCCAGCGUAUGCUUCCGGAAAUGCAUGCUGGUAUUGAAGCGCUUGACUUCCCCUCGCUAGAUCCGUACAAGACCCAGAGCACCUACAUCGACUACAAACGCAACCAAAUGUCGGCAUCGCUGCAUGUCAAGAAUGCCAAAACGUUCGGCAUGAGCAAGGCACGGAUUCUGGGUGUACGAGCGACGGCCACGGACAAGUCAAUGAACAUUGAAGUCGAUGUACACUUCCCGGAGAUCGUCAUGGAGGGUUACUUCAAGGGUGAAGGACGCUUCAACAGUAUUAAGCUGGCUUCUAAGGGCUACUUUAACAACACCAUGACUGACGUUACGACUACCUGGUCGAUGGCGGGACGCGUGAAGGAACGUGACGGCGAGGAAUAUCUGCAGAUCGAGAGCUUUGACAUGGCACCUGAGGUGGCUAACAUGAAGAUCUACGCUACGGGACUUUUCCCCGAUCCGGAAUUGAACCAAGUUGCCCUGGAGUUUGUCAACCAGUACUGGCCAAUGUUCUACAAGGAGUUGCUGCCCAGCUCUCGGCAGGUUUGGGAACCGGUAAUGGUUGAGCUGGUGAACAAAAUAUUCCUAAGUGUUCCGUACCGACGACUUCUGCCGAAGCAGCAGGAAUAAGCUAACGGCUCACGUACGAUUGUGGUACAAUCUUUUGUUUAGGGUUUUUCAUUGUAAGCAAGCAGGUUAAUUUGUUGUAAUAAACGAACUUCACGUCACUCUUUCUGGGAGGUAAAAGUA